GGAGGGGCGGAUGAGGUGGCGACGGAGGAGGUGGCUUCGGAGGUCGAGAGGACGCCCAUCGUGAUUGAGGGUAAAAGACAUGUUGAUGAGACGGAGCAGGUGGUCGACAAGAGGUUGAGAGUGCCGUCAUAGUAUGUUGUUUCCCCUUUCACGGCUGAGGCCAAGAGGAAACGUUCAUCGAUGGGACGCACCCGAACUUAUUCGGGGAGGUGGACAACACCAAGUGGAAAGUGUUCGAGACGGAGUGGAGGAGAAUUAUCCCCGGGUAAAUAUUGUACACUGACUUGUCUAUGUUUGUUUUAACAUUUCCAUGUUCUUUCAGAGUUAGCCACACGAUAGGUAACCGGACGGUCUCGGACCCGUACAAGUGGUUCCACGAUAUCACCAUUUCGGGAGCUUGGCUUAUCGAUGAUCACAUCGACCUAGCCAUGGAUUUGCUGCAAGAUCGAGCUCAAAGACAUCCAAAAUCAUUUGACGUCCAUCGUCGAGUCAUAUUAAACACCGAGUUCCUGCGUGUCGUUACCAUAGAGUAUCAGUCGCUCCAACUCAUGGGUAACGAGUAUACGGUGUCAGAAUAUAUGCUCGAGUGGGUUAUAGGAAUGUCGCCGAGUGUCGGGGGAAAAUCAUGGGAGGAUUGUACACUUAUGUACAUUGCAGCGUGCAUCGAUAAGCACUAUGUUACGCUGGAGAUCGUUUUUUGCUGACACGACUAUAUAUGUGUACGACCCAAAUCAUUCAUAUUUGAUACAAGGCUAGCUGGAGCAAAACUUGGAGUCCGUAGCUGUAAUUGUUCCUAUGAUGGCCAGAUGAGCGGGGAUGAUUGUACAGAGCAUAUUGCGAAUUGUUCGGAACACGACGACAGCGCGACAUUCCAUAAGAUAAGUGUUUGAACUUUAUUGUUUUCAUCUUUCAGAUUUAGUUUUUUAGCUACACAGUACCGAACUGAUCCAUUCUUGUUCAAUUGUAGCUGCGACUGCAGCAUAUUUGCUAUUAAGUACGUUGAAUUUUUAAAUAUAGGAUAUAAAGUUGAUGAAAUCAACCAAUCGUGAAUACAGAAUUGGAGAAAGGAGCUAGCUUGUGAUUUGUUCGAAUUUAAUGUAACCCGUAAAUUUGUAUUAAAUAUAUGUAACAUUCGAAUUGUAGAUUUAA